AAGUUAAAUAAAGAAUAAACGGGGGAGGACAAUCGCGGGAAAGGUAGCUACAGAAGUGGAUACAAGGCCACUCUUGGGGGGGGUGGGGGCGGGGGCCGGCAAGAGCCGCGUUCCAGACGCUAAAUUUAGCGCAGCACGGCGCCAGGACAAACCUGCACGCCGGGAACCUGACACUGCGGCCCGGGCGCCGGGCUCUUGCCGCAGGCGUGCUGGUCGGCCUCGUCGGCGACAGGGAGUGGCGGGUCGGGCUGGGGUGGCCUAGAGAGGAUCGCGGCGGGGCCGGGCGAGGGGGACGACGGAGAGAGGGCCCGCGGGACCGAGAAGGCCAAGGCAGGGGACUGAGGGGCCCAGAGCGGGGGCGCAGGGCGCUGGCCCGCACUGCGAUACCCUCGCGCUGGGCCGCCCGGCCCGCCAUCGCGCGCGCCCGGGCCUCGCCUCCUCCGGCCGCCGCGCGCUUAGCUCCGGUCCCCGCCGCGCGGCGUCCGCCCCGCCCUUCCUCUCUCUGCCGGCGCCCCGAGCCGCCCACUGUCGGGUCCCGGAGCCUCCCCGGCGCCGCCCGACUUGGGUGCGCUGAGGGCGCGCAUGGCGGCGGUGGGGCCGCGGACCGGGCCGGGCGCCGGGGCCGAAGCGCUGGCGCUGGCGGCAGAGCUGCAGGGCGAGGCGACGUGCUCCAUCUGCCUGGAGCUCUUCCGCGAGCCCGUGUCUGUCGAGUGCGGUCACAGCUUCUGCCGCGCCUGCAUCGCGCGCUGCUGGGAGCGCCCCGGCGCUGGGGCCGCCGCCGCACCCCGCGCGCUGCCCGGCCCGCUGCCUUGCCCGCAGUGCCGCGAGCCUGCACGCCCCGGGCAGCUGCGGCCCAACCGGCAGCUGGCCGCCGUCGCCGCGCUGCUGCGGCGCUUCAGCCUGCCCGCGGCGGCGGCCGGGGAGCGCAGGCCCCCGGAGGCGGCGGCUGCUGGGUGCGCGCAGCACGGCGAGCCGCUCAAGCUCUACUGCCAGGACGACGGACGCGCCAUCUGCGUGGUCUGCGACCGCGCCCGCGAGCACCGCGCGCACGCCGUGUUGCCGCUCGACGAGGCGGUGCAGGAGGCCAAGGAGCUGCUGGAGUCCAGGCUGAAGGUCUUGAAGAAGGAUCUGGAGGACUAUGAGGCCUUUAGUUCCAAUGAAGAGAAGGAGAGCAAGGAGCUCCUGAAGCAGAUGGCAGCUGAGCGAGAGAAGGUGGGAGCAGAGUUUCAGGCGCUGAGGGCCUUCUUGGUGGAGCAGGAGGGCCAUCUCCUGGGCCGCCUGGAGGAGCUGUCCCGGGAGGUGACACAGAAGCAGAAUGAGAACCUGGCCCUCCUCGGGGGUGAGAUCGCCCAGCUCUCCAAGCUCAGCAGCCAGAUCCAGGAGACAGCGCGCAGGCCUGACCUUGACUUUCUCCAAGAAUUCAAAAACACACUAAGCAGGUGUAGCAAUGUGCCUGGCCCCAAGCCAACCACAGUCUCGUCUGAGAUGAAGAAUAAAGUCUGGAAUGUUUCCCUGAAGACCUUUGUCUUAAAGGGCCUGCUCAAGAAGUUCAAAGAGGAUCUUCGGGGAGAGCUGGAGAAAGAGGAGAGAGUGGAGCUGACCCUGGACCCCGAUACGGCCAACCCCCGCCUCAUCCUCUCUCUGGAUCUUAAGAGCGUGCGCCUGGGACAGCGGACCCAAGACCUGCCCAGCCACCCGCGCCGCUUUGACACCAACACGCGAGUCCUGGCGUCCUGCGGCUUCUCCUCGGGCCGGCACCACUGGGAGGUGGAGGUGGGCUCCAAGGACGGCUGGGCCUUCGGCGUGGCCCGCGAGAGCGUGCGCCGCAAGGGCCUCACCCCCUUCACCCCCGAGGAGGGCGUCUGGGCCCUGCAGCUCAACGGUGGGCAGUACUGGGCGGUGACCAGCCCCGACCGCACGCCCCUCAGCUGUGGGCACCUGUCCCGCGUGCGGGUGGCCCUGGACCUGGAGGUGGGGGCCGUGUCCUUCUACGCUGCGGAGGACAUGCGCCACCUCUACACCUUCCGCGUCAACUUCCACGAGCGCGUGUUCCCCCUUUUCUCUGUCUGCUCCACUGGCACGUAUUUGCGAAUCUGGCCUUGAGGGGCCUCGCCGGGCCUCCCAGAGGCCAUGAGUAAGUCAAGGGUGAACUCCACCAUGUCCUGGCUGCUCAUGGGAAGGGAUGUUGCUCUCCACGGGAGCCUCUUGGUCACUUUGGGUCUGCCUUCCACUCUCCUGCCCCAGGAGGGGCUUAUGCAGACCACAAUAUCCGAAGCUUGAAAUUGGGCAACUAGGGAAGAGGGCUCAGGGAUCAGCUGAGCAGAAGAGAUGCCUUGGACCCUUGGGGCCUGUCCUCUGCCUGUUGUCCAGCGAUAUGUGCAUUUGGCUAGAGCUGUGAGGAGCUGGAGGCACAUGAGGACAGGAGCCCAGCUCCUGACAGGUGCUUCCUAUCCCUGGGGCUUGCUGCCCAGACUCAGCAGGGCCUCCUCUGCACAACACUACCCCAGGUCCUGUGCUGUCCUCAUUUGCAAGGGGGCAGGUUCAGGAACGGCCAGCCAGGUUCACUUCUGCUUUGCCUUCUUGUCAGCUGCCAGCUCUGCCUUCAGAGACCUGACUCCAGCUGGCCUGACGAAGUCAUCUACACAGGGAGGAGCACUGCACUGCCAUCUCAGAGGACAGUCUGGGACAGAACUGGAAGGAGACCCUUGAGGGAACAGUCCAGGACAACAGCAUGUAGGCGUUGUUGCCCUCCAACACUCCUUAACCUGACAGUGCAGAGGGCGGUGUGCAUCCUCAGCCACAGUGACAGCCAACAGGCAUUCUCACAGAUGCCUGAACCCCUCUCAGGUGCCAAAGUACAGUCUCCCUUGGGUAAGGAGACCAGAAGCUCUGGAAUUUUGAAACACGAGAGCACUUAUAAUUUUAUAGAUGCAACUACCACCAGAAUGGAAAUGCACAGAGCACAAACAUGCCCCUCACAGACUCUUUCCGGAACUCGCCAAAUGUAUGCCAAGAGCAGAGGACUCUGGUGCCAAGGCCUGCUCAGCCUGUGCCCUGGAGGGUGUGAUCCCUUUGGCUAAUUGUUCCCCACCUUCAGUGUGGCUGGGCUUCUGGGAGGUGAGGACGGGCUGUCCCUUGCUUAGUGCUCCCCCGGGAGGAGGGGGUGGGGAGAUGGAAAUACAGACUGUUAAGUUCA